AUGGCGGAAGCAGCUUCACACUCGCGGCGCCUUGCGGAGGCGAAGGCCCCCCUGGAGGGGAAGAGCAUGCCGGAGAUACAUGGGGAAACGCCGGACGCGCGGGAGAACUGGCGUUCGUCUCCAGAGGCGUUCGAGGCGCGGAGACAGUUCUUCGCCAGUCUCGGCCUCGUGGACGGGUGCGACGAGAGAGAGCGAGAGCCGACCGGCUCCGAGGCCGAGGAAGCGACAGACAGGAGCGACGCAGACCCAGAGCAAGAGGAUGAAGACGAAGAAGGAGAUGAAGAAGAGGGAGACGGAGAGAGUUGUCUGCCGCCUGUUCUCUGUCUGUUCUGCUUGUUCGCGUCGCGAGAUCUCAGGUGUCUCCUGACCCACAUGCAUGCACAACACGGACUGAAUCUCGCAGAGCCUCGCGGCCAGUGGCACCCGAGCAGAAGAGCUCCUUCUCCCUCUGCUUCGUCCGCCGCUGCGUCGUCUGCGCGCGACCAUGCGGCGUCGGAAUUGCCGGAUCUGCAUGCGUACUACCGGAUCGCGUUGAUCAACUACUUGCGCAGUCUCGGUCCGUCCUCUGAAGAGCGGCUGCACAGCUGUGCGGAGGCGGCGCGAGGAACGGCGCCGGACCGGGCGUUUCUCGAGGACUCCCGGGAGAAGCAGGCAGCUGCGUUCGCGCGCGUGACGGAGGCUUUCCUGGCGCUCCGCGGCGAUUCCCCCUGCUGGCGAGAAGAAGCGUUUCUCCAGCCGGUCUGGGCAGAGGAUCGCCUGCUCUGGGAGGAGGCGGACUGCACCUCCGACGACGAGUCCGAGGACGAAACAGAAGCUGAAAGAGAAAACGGUCCAAGAGCCAAAGAUGGAAGCAGACAAGGUGCAAGCCGAGGGAAGGAGGAACAACAGUUGACGACAUUGAAGAGACGAAAGGAAGGGUUGUGUGGAGGAAAAAGCGAAGACUGUCGAGAGGCGAAAGCGAUCUGCGAGGACGGACCACAGCCGCAAGAAAACACCUCUGAGGAAGACAGACAGUAUUUUGCUGGCUACGCCGAGCUGUCUAUACACCGCGAAAUGAUAGGCGACACAGCGAGAACUGAAGCGUAUCGCGACUUCAUUCUGCAGAAUCGAGACUUGUUCGCGGAUAAAGUCGUCCUCGACGUCGGCUGCGGCACCGGCAUCUUGAGUCUGUUUUGCGCGCAAGCGGGAGCACGCAAAGUGAUUGGCGUCGAUGGCGCAGCGGGGAUUGCGCGCGUUGCGGAGAAGAUUGUGAAGGCGAAUCGAUUUGAUCACAUCGUCCAAGUGGUGAAUGCCAAGAUUGAAGACGUCGUCUUGGUGUGGGCAGGCGACAGCGGCGAGAAAGUCGAGGCGAUGCCCCGAGAGCUCUUCCUGGCAGCGCCGUCGAGGAGAAAGGUGCAGGUGGACGUCAUCGUCUCGGAGUGGAUGGGAUACUGCCUCCUCUUUGAGUCGAUGCUGUACACAGUGUUCCACGCUCGAGAUGAAUACCUCAAGCCGGACGGAUUGUUGGUGCCGAGUCGAGCAGUGAUGGGCGUCUUCGGUGCGGACUGCGACUCCAGGCUUCGCGCGAUGCGCGGCCUGUCGUUCGACAAGCCGAUCUACGGCCUUGACUUUUCUCUGCUGCACCUGCCAGACGCGUUUCUUCUUCGACAUGCAGAAGUUGCGGAACUUUCUCCCGACUGCUUGCUGUCGGAACCUUCUCCCUUUUGCCUCAUCGAUCUGUACAGCGCGACGACCGAGCAAGUGCAGGCUCUGCGCGCGCCUUUCUCGGUCGACCUGACUCGGCGCCCUUCUCACCGCUCUUUCCCCUCGUCUUCCUCGUCCUCGUCUGCGCUCGCGGCUGUCGCCUGCCCUACCUUGACGACCCUCCUGGUUUACUUCGAGUGCUUCUUCGAGCGAACGCGCGAAGGCCGCGCGGGAGACGCGCCGAUCUCCUUUUUCGCGGGGCCUCAAUCCUUUGGAACGGCGCAAAACCUGAAGGUCGCGGCGGCGACCACCGGUGGAGACACUCGCAGUUCGGGCGCCGCCGGAGAGCCGGCGACAAGAGAAAAACGCGCAGGUUUCGUCUGUCUCUCGACGUCUCCUCUAAGUCCAGGCACACACUGGAAGCAGACGCUGCUCCACCUCAGGGACGCCAACGGAAACGGCGUCGCGCUCACGCCUCGUUGGGCUGUGAGUACCACGGAGGAGGCGGCGGUGAGCGAAGAGAAGAGCGAGAAACGAACGUCAGGCGAAAGCGGCGCGAGACAGAGAGCAGCUGUCGAUACACUCGAGGGCUUCUUGAGCCUCAAUCCAGACCCCGAACGAAGUCGCAGUCUCGUCCUCACAGUGGAGAUGCAACGUUUGCCCUGUCAAGGAGAAAGUGGAGAGAUCAGCGUUGGCCCCUGCGUCAAUUCCUUCUCUGUGGCGUAG